UGGGAAUCCAAAAUAUCUAGAAUCGGACUGGUGGAGAUUUGCCAGUGACGUCUCUUUGGAGGGCCUGAGUUAUUGAAGGGGAAGGAAAGGGACGCUACGCACUUCCUGCAGACCCGUGGGCAAAGGACGGCGUCUCAAGCCUCACCAGGAAACUACUCACGUUCCUGUGGAACCAAACUAGAAUUUAUAAGAACAUAAUGGAUGGAGAAGAGAAAACCUAUGGUGGCUGUGAAGGCCCUGAUGCCAUGUAUGUCAAAUUAAUAUCUUCUGAUGGUCAUGAAUUUAUUGUAAAAAGAGAACAUGCACUAACAUCAGGAACAAUAAAAGCCAUGUUGAGUGGCCCAGGUCAGUUUGCCGAAAAUGAAACUAAUGAGGUCAAUUUUAGAGAAAUUCCAUCUCAUGUGCUAUCAAAAGUAUGCAUGUAUUUUACCUACAAGGUUCGCUACACUAACAGCUCUACCGAGAUUCCUGAAUUCCCAAUUGCACCUGAAAUCGCAUUGGAACUACUGAUGGCUGCGAACUUCCUAGAUUGUUAAAUAAAAUAAAUUAUAAUAAACUGUUAAUUUUUUUUCAGUAUUUAAUAUUUGUAGUUCAGUUAGUAAUUUUUUCAUAUAUAGCAUGUUGCCUGUAUGCAAUUGAACUACAAAUUUAAUUGCAAAGCAGAUUUUCUUCUGUUCUUUUGCAUAGCAAUCAAAGUUAAAAUUUGUUUCAUACAUCAACAAAUUAAGGACAUUUUCACAAACUGAGAAAUAAACAAUUAUGCCAAUUUGUAGGUGGUUUUGUUUAUCCUUUGGAUGUGACUUUUAAAAUUAGAACGAUGAUACAAUAAAUGCUGAAAUAUAGGCAUAAACGAAUAUGUUCUACAGGUAAAUAAUGGGGCUAUGUAUUUUUGUUUUUAGUGUUUUUUUAAAAAAAACUUAUUCUGAUCUAUAGCCACUGAUAGCAUUACUAGAGUUAUGCAAAUAAUUACAUAAUAAACAUGUUUAUAACUUAGCCAAAAGUUGAUUUUUAUAAUUCAAAGAAUGGGAGUUGAAAUUUCUUAUGUGUUUUUUGAUAAACUGCAGUAUUAUUUAAGUGUAUCUUGUGUUUUGUUUAUUGCUACAAUUUAAGAACUUUAUUUAAAAACAAUUUGGAAGAUCACUAGGUACAACUAGUAACUGUUUGAACUGUAAGCCAUGGUCAACAAGUUAAACUUCGACUUAGAUCCUGUUCAUUGUGCAUUUGGGACAAUCCAAAGUACUGUACUUUCAUUAACUUUCAAGCUUCCUUUGCAAUUUUCAAUCUUCAUAGAUCCCCGUGAAUAUAGUUCUUGUUUAAGUAUGUUUUAAAAUACUUACUAUAAGUUUUAUCUAGAUCUUAAAGCGAGAUUUUUUUGAACAAUACCAGUCUUCCUCCAUCAAAUGUUAUAAAGUAUGAAAAAUAUUGAGCAAUGUAGUAAAAAAAUAUUACAAUACACUUAGAUAUAGUACAUGAAUUAUCUUCUAUUAAUUAAAGUAUGUUCCUAUAAAUAUGGUACCUUAAUCAGUGGGUUUUAUGAAGUCAGACUUAUGAGGAAGCAUUCAGCUUUUAAGCAAACAAAGAACAUGAGAAACUGACAGCAUUUUGUGUAGGCUUAGGAGAAGAAUUACUGAAGUUGGAGGUAGUAUUGUCUGUUUUAGUACAACAAAACUGAUUUUGAGGCCUGUAAACUUAAGUCUUCACCUUAUUGUUAAGACUAGCUAAAUAUAGUCCAGUUUUUCUGGAAAACUCAAAAAGCGUAAAAUAAUUUUUUCUCUUAGUAAACCUAAACAUUGUACUUUACAAUUUAUUAAAUGGAGUUAAAAAACACGUAUUUUUAGUAAUCUAAAACAUACAUACAUACUUUAGAAGAUAUGUAUCAAGUACAAGAUCUUCUGGGGCUAGGGAUAUAGCUCAGUGAUAGAGUGCUUUGAGGCACUAGGUUUGAUCCCCAGCAUGGUGGGAGGCUGCUACUUAGUAGCCAAUAAUAGCAAUCAUAAACCUAUAUAAUGGUUUCUAAAGGUGAGAGCUGGAAAUAAAGUUUGACCAGUUUUUGUAGGUUACUUUGUGUUAGAUCCAGAAGUAACCUGAAGUUUAGAACAUUAAAAUAAAACUGGAAUGAAGACUAGACAAAUCUGUGUAUCUUGCAGCAAAUGGUACUUGCAUGUUAAUAAAGACUGAUUGACUAAAAGGUAUGAUAAA